AUGUAUGACCUGAUCAAGGAUCCUACCUCGGUUCCAAAGAUCAAGACCCUCAAGGAUGACCUCGUGCACUCGCUUAAGAACUGCAGAAGCUUUGAACUCUGCCUCAGCUGGAUGGAAGGUAACCUCACGUACCUAGACAGCGACGACGUUCUUAACAUCCUUUUUCACAUUUUCGUCGAGGCUGAGCUCCCUGUGGAAAGUCUGGCAUUGUAUACUCACCGGUAUACUGAGUUCCAGAGGCCCAAAAGAGCCCGCCCAUACACCCGAAUGCACAAGCAGCCAAACCUUGCCCGCGCCUGGACAGAGCUCGCUACCUUGCAGGUUACGCAGCCCUACUUCUUUCACCUCGCUAAUUACCUCUACAGGAUUCUGCCCCAGAUCAUGCAAACCGCGCCUCGGCUCGAGAGACUGAUCAUCAUUGGUGAUGCCAUCAGCGGCCAGUCCAGAGAUCUGGUCUCGCUGCUCAAGAACGUCAAACCUCUGGCGGAGAUCAAACAUCUUGAGAUCCAUCGCUCUGGUGUCGCUCUAGAGGACAUUCAAGAGUGGCUGCAGUUGAUCGGUGGUCAGUUACUGUCGCUGACCUUCUCCGGGUGCUCUAUUAUCACGUCCGCUUCAUGGACUACGUUCCUCAGCUGCGUAAAGACGACUUGUCCCCGCUUGGAGGCUGUUACCUUCGAAGAAUUGACCGUUGGCAUUGACUGCCUGACAGCACAGUAUGAAGGGGAGGAGGUGGCCGACGCGCUGGAUUGUAUGAUGCGAAUGUUUGAGGAGGCCACUUUGGUAGAUUGA